UUGGCGACAAGGUGCCGGCGGACAUCCGGAUCAUCGAAAUCCGGUCCACCACCCUGCGGGUCGACCAGUCCAUCCUCACAGGGGAGUCUGUGUCGGUGAUCAAACACGCUGACCCCAUCCCCGACCCUCGGGCUGUCAACCAGGACAAGAAGAACAUGCUUUUCUCCGGCACCAACAUCGCAGCUGGGAAGGCCGUAGGGGUUGUCAUUGCGACAGGGGUGUACACCGAGAUUGGGAAGAUCCGAAACCAGAUGGUGGAGACAGAGCCCGAGAAGACCCCAUUGCAGCAGAAGCUGGAUGAGUUCAGCCAGCAGCUCUCCAAAGUGAUCUUCCUGGUGUGCAUCGCUGUCUGGGUCAUCAACAUCAGCCACUUCAGUGACCCUGUCCAUGGGGGCUCCUGGUUUCGGGGGGCCAUCUACUAUUUCAAGAUUUCGGUGGCACUGGAGGGCCUCCCAGCUGUCAUCACCACCUGCCUGGCGCUGGGCACGCGCCGCAUGGCCAAGAAGAAUGCCAUCGUCCGGAGCCUGCCCUCGGUGGAGACCCUGGGCUGCACCUCCGUCAUCUGCUCUGACAAGACCGGCACCCUCACCACCAACCAGAUGUCCGUCUGCCGGAUGUUUAUUAUGGAGAAGGUGGAGGGUGCCCAGUGCAGCUUUGGGGGACUGUUUUCUCCCUGCAGCCUGAAGGACGAACAGCCAGUGUGGUGCGGGCAGUACGACGGGCUGGUGGAGCUGGCCACCAUCUGUGCCCUCUGCAACGACUCCUCGCUGGACUACAACGAGUCCAAAAAAGUCUACGAGAAGGUGGGGGAAGCCACUGAAACAGCCCUGACGUGCCUGGUGGAGAAGAUGAAUGUCUUCAACACUGACACCAGCAAACUCUCCAAGGUGGAGCGAGCCAACGCCUGCAAUUCGGUGAUCAAGCAGCUGAUGAGGAAAGAUUGCACCCUCGAGUUCUCCCGCGACCGCAAGUCCAUGUCGGUGUACUGCACGCCCACCGGCCCUGGCCACAACUCUGCCGGCAGCAAGAUGUUUGUCAAGGGCGCCCCAGAAAGCGUGAUCGAGCGCUGCACCCAUGUCCGUGUGGGCACUGCCAAGGUCCCGCUGACGGCCCCGGUGCGAGAGAAGAUCCUGGGCAGGAUCCGGGACUGGGGCAUGGGCAUCGACACGCUGCGCUGCCUGGCGCUGGCCACCCACGAUGCGCCCGUCCGCAGGGAGACCAUGGAGCUGCAUGACUCUGCUGCCUUUGUCCACUAUGAGAACAACCUGACCUUCGUGGGCUGCGUGGGGAUGCUGGAUCCUCCCCGCAAGGAGGUCACCUCCUCCAUCGAGAUGUGCCGCAAGGCCGGCAUCCGCGUCAUCAUGAUCACUGGUGACAACAAAGGCACGGCAGUG